AUGCAAGACGCCAAUUCGAUUGGCUUUUGGUGUCACUGCUGGGGUGCUGGAGAUGGAUCGGGGAUGAUGAUUGGUGGAGGGAGUUCAAGCUGUAGAACGGCUGAUCAUGGGAUUGGAGUAACCGAAGGUAACUCUCCUUCACUAGCAGACUUAGAAGACGAAAAAUAUUUUGGCAGUGAGACUUUUGACAAUUUAUUUAAGAAGUAUUCUUUGAACUUGUGGGUAAAGUGAUUCUAAAAAAAUCCUGCUUCUUUUCAAGAAUGUCAUUUGAAAGUUUUGACUCGAAUUGAGUGGAGUGUCACUGUACAUAUAAUUCCCUUGCGCCAAAAGCCUGGUUAAACCAGGGUUUACCUGGGUGCAAGCCUGGUUGAACCAACCAGACUUUUCUGGUUUUCAAACCAGGCUUUCCAGACUUUACCAUAUGUGCAAAAAGCCGGGUUAACCAGGGCAUUCCUGUUAAGGCUGGUAAGCCUGGUUAUUCUAAGAACCAGGAAAACCAGACUUAACCAAGCUCGUGAAAUUCUGUCUUGUAAGUAGGAUAACAGGCAAGGAAUUCGCGAAUUAAAUGACGCUAUAUUUUAGCGUGAAUUCGUCAAUCUGAACUAAUCUCCGAUUUUUAAGUUACAGAUGAAGGAUAUUUAUAAUAAUAAUAAUAAUAAUAAUAAUAAUAAUAAUAAUAGUAAUAACAUGUUUAAACAGGAUGACCAUUUCAGUUAUAAAAACUGCUAUCAGUAUGGGUCCUGUAUAAAAAUAAAUGAAUAAAAAGAUAAAAACAUUAAUUAUAUAUGAAACUAGGAUACAUUACAUAAUUAUAAUCAAGGAAAAAGUAGCCUCCUAAUGAACAAAACUACAUACAAUCAUUAAAAAGGGUAGCCCCCUUAUAAAAAAAGGCCCUCUUAGUCAACUCGAGAUUGACUUUAUCAAUAGAUAACCAAUCCUUAGACCCAGUGUCAUAGUCAUGAAUAUCAUAAGUUCGCCGUCGAAAAUAAUCUGAGAAAUAAAUUGGAGCUUGUCUAUCAAGACAAUUCUUGACAAGUUUGACGAUAGGUUUCUCUCUUCUCGUCUUAAGAGGGUCCCAACCAAGACUGGAAGCCAUAUCUUGAGGGGACAAAUGCAACGUCUUUAGCACUAUUCUAGCGGCACGUCUCUGCAGGCGUUCCAAUUCUUCCUCAUUUCCUUUACCACAGCCAUGAAAAACAGCACAACAGUAUUCCAAAUUUGGUAGUAUCAUCAAUUUAUACAGUCGGUUCGAUGCUUCAGUUGUUAUUGAUGAUCUAAUUCUUGAGAACAUCCCCAGUGUUUUCGAAACUUUCUUCCUCACAUAGUCAAUAUGCAAAUUAAAGGAAAGACUGUUGUCCAAAACUACGCCUAGGUACUUAAGGGCAUCACAUUGUUUCACAGAUUCUCCUCCCAACGUUAUAUGAGCCCCAUUGAUGUCUUGGCGACAUAGUCUCUGGUGGGUGCCAAAAACCAUGAACUCAGUCUUCUUUAAAUUGAGAAUCAGUUUAUUUGUAGACAGCCACUCAGACAGAUUAAUCCGUUCCAAAUUUAACUGUAACUCAAUUUCCGAUAUUAGUGGAGCCGAGAAAAAGAUAACUGUGUCAUCAGCAUAUAUCAUAACUUUACAGACAUCAACACAGGAAGGUAGAUCAUUGAUAUAGAACGUAAAUAAAACCGGACCAAGGAUGCUCCCUUGAGGCACUCCACUUUGGACAGCUAAAGGACUCGACAACUCGUUAUCCAGGGAAACAGCUUGAAAUCUGUCGGAUAGAUAGCUUGUAAACCAAUUAAUCGAAUUUUCUUCAAAGCCAAAUCUUCUCAAUUUUGAUAAGAGUUCCUUGUGCGGUACAGAAUCAAAGGCCUUCCUUAGAUCAAUAAACAAAGCGCCUGUUAACUUUCCGGACUCUGCACUUCUUCUUAUCUCAUCGGUGAAAUAGAGCACGGCACUCUCCGUUGAAUGGUGUUGUCUAAACCCUGCCUGAAAUGGACUCAAAAGGUCAAACCUCCGUAGGUACCGUUGUAAUUGAACGUUGACAGCUUUCUCCAUAAUUUUUGACAUAGCCGGCAAUAUUGAGAUUGGUCUGUAGUUGUCCAUACUUGCAUGUCCACCAGACUUAUAUAAAGGAACGACACGGGCCAUCUUCCAAUCACAUGGAACAAUUCCAGUACUGAGCGAUAAGUUUACAAGAAAUGUCACAGUAGGAGCGAUAACCGAAGCGCCGUCUUUCAAAAAACGAGCCGAAAUCCCAUCCAAACCAGUGGCCUUUUUCACUUUUAAGUCCUUCAGUUGCUUAAAAAUAAAGUUUUGGGAAACUGGUUGAAGCACAAAACUUUCAUUAGUAAACUUUUCAUCUGAGAGACCAAGAAUGGUAGUUGAUUGAACGGAUUCCGGGAGCUUGGACACAGUGUUCGUGAAAAAGAUGUUAAAUUUCUCGGCAAUAGUUGAUUUACUAGUGAUGGUUUCACCCUCGUCCGUUAUUAUAGAUUGAACGGUCGAAGAUUUUCUCUUUUUUUGGGAAAAUGCUCUUCAUAGCUCUCCAAAAUGAUUUCGGGUUGGCCAAAUUAUUCUGAAUUUCGUUUCUCUGAUCACGACGCUUCUCAAUUUUGAUCCUGUUGGAAACUUGAUUUCGUAAUCGCCGAUAUGUACUCCAGUCAACCUCAGAUCCAGUUUUCCUCGCUUUCCUUAGAAAAGAAUCACGUUCAUUCAUAAGCUUUUUUGUUGCAGAUGUUAACCAUGGACAUAUAAUUCCCCUCAACACUUUAUGGCGAAUAGGAGCAUGUUUAUUACAGACCGAUAGAAAUAACUCCUUCCAUUUCGACCAAGCGGAGUUUACAUCCCUUUCACUGUUCACAUCAUCCCAGGAACAUUUCUCCAAAUCCUCAAUGAAAGUCAUUUGGUCAUACUUUGAAAAAUUUCUGCAUUCAAUGGAGCGUGGAGGAAGUUUACCAGCAUUAAUUUUCCUGACCACAACAAGCAUAUCAUGAUCACUUAAAGUGGAUGGAAUAACUUUAGCAAGAGUAACAUUUUUAGGACUAUUAGUAGCAAACAAAUCAAGUAGGGUAGAGCUUUCCUUAGCGAUUCGUGUCGCUUUAUCAAUCAGUUCUUUCAAAUUGAAACUGGAGAGGUUUUUUUUGUCUUUUGUUGAAUUGGAAGAGGAUGCAUCCAGAAAAUCGAAAUUAAAGUCUCCUGUGAUCAAUGUUUCCUUAUUCUCAGCAUUUGCAAGCUCAAGAACCUCUUGAAACGGAUUCAGGAAAUCAGAUUGUGACUGAGGUCUAUAAAAAGUACCAAAUAAAACUCCUUUCGCCUUGGGUAAAAAUAUUUAAUUCAUCCAUCUUCCCACGAAGACUUCGUAUAUUUUGUUGUAAAAACUGAAGGCCACGUUGAUUUACAGCUUCAGAGAAUUCUGCAAAACCAUGUAUCGCUGUUUCGAUUAGAUCUUCAUGUGCCAUAGGAUCUUUAGCGUUGUUGAGUUGUUAUUUAUCGAUUCAUUUAUGAUAUUUUAGUGAUCCGUUUGUUUUUGGCCUAAUUUUUGUAAUUAAGGAUGUUUCAGGGCGGGUUCGGCCCGUCACGGGGUCUUCCUGAUUUUACAGACAGCCUAUAAUAUUGUGACCUACCCGCAUAACGCAAGAAGUGUUCACCUGGAAGAAGUUUGUGAUGUUUCAAUUUAUUCGAACAUCAUUUGUACCGUUGAAUUUAUCCAGCCGAUAAUUUACUCUGAGGCAGCAAAAGGUAAUCAUGCAAGGACAAACGUAAAAAGUUGCCUGAGAAUCUCUGCUUUUUCUGCAUGUAAAGUGUAUAUUUCCAUCCUUCACCAUUUACAAAGUUUAGGAUAAGGUGUGUGAAGCGUUCGUUUAACAAAACGAUCUACAGUUUCGAAAGUUUCGAUCGUUUGGAUCGUUUCGUAGUACAAUUCAUGCUAUAGUCUCGGCAAUACAAACCGUAGAAGGCGUUAAAUUUUCUGGCACAAUGGAUAUCACGAUUCCAAAGAAAUCAUCCCAGUUAUUUAUUACUUUAUUGUUCAGUGGUAAUUUGAAAAAAACUUUAGUGAAAUACUCCUUACCUUAAUUAUGUUUAUCUUUUUCAAGAGCGCCUAAAGUUGACAAAGUUGCACUGGUACCUCAAUUGCGCAGGACGUAAAUCCAAUAUCCUUGCCUACAGAGGGUUUCGCUUAGGGUUGUGUGAAAAGAAAUACCUAAAUAAAAAAAUUAUCUAAUGCCUUAACUGCGCGUGUGAUCUUCUUAAGGAUUCACUGAAUAAAGCCUGAGCCUGGCCUUAGCUAUGUCCAGGUUGUACUCCUUAACAGUGUUUAGGGAAAGUUCAUUUAAUAUGACAGGGGGGGAGGGGGAUGAAGAUAUUGAGGGGGGGCUCCGAAAAUUUUUAGACACCUGAAGGGGGGGCUCUGAAAAAAUUGUUGCGCUAGGAGGGGGGGCUCCGAAAAUUUGUAUACUUCAAAACCAACACAUGACAUCAUCAUACAGAUCGGAUGGUUUUCAACUCAACAAUUUAAUGACCUGUGCAACUCAGCUAUAUCACGUGGUUUACAGAUAUAACAAAUGUAGUCUCAGUAAUUAUUACACUCUUGUUCAUCCCAAAAAUGCAGGGAUCUCAUCACAACUGCAUCUCAAGUUUGUCAUAGUAUAAACCAUUGAAGACAAUAACGGUAAAUAUAUUUAAUACAGUCUAGCGAUCUUUUUUCAGGGGAGCAAAGAAAUUGAAGGAGGAUGGGGGGGGCUCUGAAAUUUUUUCGACUCCAAGGAGGGGACUCCUAAAAAAUUGAACCGCUAGCGAGGGGGGCUGCUAAAAUUUCAAGCUUCGAGUUUCAAUAUCUUCAUCCCCCCUUCCCCCCUUGUCAUAUUAAAUGAACUUUCCCUUAAUUCUAGCUUUUUUCGACGAGAAAUAUGUGAGUCCAGUACUGCAUCUUCACCGACUCGCACAAUGUAAGGGAAUCCGAGACUGAACUCCACGCCGUGGAUUCCCGAUUUUCCAGUGAAAUUUGGAUUCCGGAUUCCAAUUGUUAGUGGGAUUCGGGAUUCCUAUAGCUAUAUUCCGGAUUCCAAGGGCCAGGAUUCCGGAUUACACAAGCAAAUAUUUCUAAGAUCCAGGAUUCCACAUGUAAAACGUUCCCGGAUUCCCUCACAAGGGGUGAUCCCACACUUGGUGACUGAAAGAUCAGUGAUCGCACGUUUGAUUGCUACUCUGACCACAAUUAUGAGUUGAAGAAACCUGUUUUUUUUUAAUUUUUGGUUUAGAAGUAGGAAAAUCGAAUGAAUUUAGUGGUAUAUUGUAAAACAAAAACAUUUUCGAAUAUGUCACUGUUUGUACGAGAAAAGGUGUCAGGAGAAAGGUGGGUAGCCAUAAGAGAUUUGUACAAGAGCUAUAAUGGCUCUUGACAUGUACUACUGAAGUAAAUCAUUCUAUAAUUCUACAGUAAACGUUUUGUGUGAUGAUUGACUAGUUAGUUUGAAUAAAUUAAACAAACUUGAAGCGGUCGCGUGAAAACGCGCGGAUAACUCUUUCGCUCGAUCGCGUCGUGACUCGAUCGGUCGUUGAUAUGGAAAGAAAAAAAAACAUAACUAAAUUGUAUAUCACUUGAAAGAUGAUACUUAAACAAUCCCUUAAAGUUAAGCUAGCUACCGGUUCUCCUAUUUCCAAAUCCUGGCACUGACAUUUCAGACCAACAAAUGUCAUUUUUCACUUCCGUUGACCUGGCCUGACCUGGCCUCUAAUAAAUCAUGUCAUCAUUACUUAGAUUAGAACGCCAACAAAAAAGACUUCUUAAAUUCCAUUUUGAAUUUGAAUACUUAUCUUUCUUUCUUUCGAAUUGAACCAAUAAAUACUUAAUUCAUACGUUCCUGUAGUUUCCUGAGCUUACCCUGGGGCAGGCUCCGCAUUGGGGGCAAUGAAAAAUAAUCGGCGAGGGGCAAAAAAAAAAAAAAAAAAACAAAGGCUAGCUAGCGAAGAGAGCCAAGAGGUAGUCUGUGGAGGGUAAAGGGUGGUCGCCCUUUUACCCACAGUUUUCCUAUCUGACCCCGUUUUUUGCCUUUUUCCCCACUGCGCCAGCCUGGCCCCAGGCUACCUCAGUUCGAAAACCAUACCCGUUUCCAGACCAAAAUGAGCAAAGCCUAUACCCGUUUUCUGACCAAAACGGCGCAAAAACCCCACCCUUUGGAGGAGAGGAUGGGGUAGCACUCCCAAUAGAGAGAUUACGAUUCUCGUUUACCAAAAACGGCAAACGUCACAAUCAAGUUGAGAAUUUCUCAGAAUAGAAAAUAUUAAGCAGAUAAAAACAGUCCUGAACGAUUCCUAUGGUUAAAACUGGCAUUAAAACUACUUAUCAUUGGUGGAAGCAAUAAAGAGUUAACGGAAAAUAAGGGAAAACUUGGUCACUUGGUACAAGUUCAGGUCUCCCGUUUGGCAUAAACUGUGAAUCUUAAUCUCUAUAAUAUGACGGGGAUGCUCGUCGGAAAAUUGGAAUUAAACCAUGUUAAGGAGAACAACCUGGACAUAGCUCAAGGCCAGACUAAGGCUUGAGAAAACCCUUCACACAACCCUGAACGAAAUCUUGAGGGUACGAAUAUUGGCUUUCCGUCCUGUGUAAUUGAAGUACCAGUGCAACUUUGUCAACUCUAGGCGCUCUUGAAAAAACAAAAAAAAACCAUAAUUAUGGUAAGGAGUAUUUCACCAAAUGCUUUUUCAAAUUAGUACUGAACAAUAAAGUAAUAAAUAAUUGGGAUGAUUUCUUUGGAAUCGUGAUAUCCAUUGCGCCAGAAAUUUAACGCCUUCUACGGUUUGUAUUGCCGAGACUAUAGUACGAAACGAUGGGCAAUUUUACGGGUUGGGCGAGUGGGAACAGCAAAGAUCUUAAGAAGGGCUCUAGACACCUGGCUGUAGAAAAUCGCUUGAUGACCUAGGGAAACGUGACCAUCGAAAACAACCAGUGGUGGUGUGAGAUAUGAUUAAUAAUGACUAAGUAAAUGUAUAUGCCUCGAAAACUGAGACCUAAACAAUCCCUUUAAAAUAACUCUCUCCUCUCAUCUCUUACCCCAACUUAAAAAGGCUUGAAUCUAGGCGAGAGGCCGAACCUGCUUUUCCACCUUUAAAAGUCAGUUUUGUUUGAUAUAUGUUUGUUAUCGGAGUCAGUUGACCCACUAAUGUAAUUGUGAACAAAGGAACUGAACUUUUUAUUCUAGCCCCAGAUUCUGUAUGUGAUAAGGGAAAGGAUAUACAAGAGGAAUUCAGCAUUGAUCCUCAUUUUUUUUUUUUUUUUGGCACAGUUUUUUAUUGAUGUAAGUAGAUAAAGUAAAUAGAUACAUGUAACUGCUGAGUUGAGUGGGAGCGAACUGGCCGGUGGCCAAAGUGUUGAGAAAGCCAAUUUCCGAUGAUCAGUUUACUUUACUAUAUGAACUUGAUACUCUGCAAAUAAUGUAUUCAACUAAAUGACAACAUUUGCAUUGGGUUUGUUGUAAAAUAUCUUAAUAUUUCAAAUUAAUACAAGAGAAAUGGUUAUGGGUCGUAAUUAACCCUCGGAAGUACAAGUGGGGGGGGGGGCUGGUUGCCACUCCCCCGUGAGUUUUUUCUAAGUUUUUUCCUAUAUGAUAAAACACCAGCACCUGACGUUUUCAGUAGCUGUUUGUUUAUUUCUCGCGCGCAUUCUAAGACAAGUUUAGUUAUGGUCAGUUGCUAUGGUUAGGAGAUAUGACGUCAUAUGUAGCAGGUGUUCAAGCCAUUUUCGGGUGAAAAUAGAUGUUUUUCUUUCCGUUUCUUUCAACAAUAAAAGUAAAUCACGCAUAGUGUUUAUUUAUGUGUUAUUUUUCAUGAAAAGCACAAAAAAAAAAAAAAAAUACCACUAACCGCCGCGGUGGUUUUAAGAUCAAUAACUUUCAAAAAUCGUUUCGAAAUACUGCAACAUAUCAAAAACUCUGGGGAGAAGUUCCAUCCACCAUCCACCAUCCGCUUCCCUCUCCUUAAAUGUACCACGGUGGGGGGUAUGAAUUUGUGUGUACGUCCGAGGGUUGAUAUGUUUUUAAAGUCGAAUUCAUUAUCGGGGACACAUGCACCGUACUCUCUGUUGAACUCAUCAUAGAAAGUACCUUGGGAAAACGGUUUAAAAAAAUGGAAUACCGCCCUAGAAACUGUCGAGGAUUUCUUUUGUCAACCUAACUUCAAUGAUUCUUAGUUUUAAGCCUAUCGAAAGGGUAUUUUGUUGGAGUUUUCAGUCUCCUGAUGUGUAUUUGUAAUCAGUAUUUCAUGGCUUGCCGUUAGUUUAGUAAGGUGUAAGGCCACCUUUGAAUUUUUAUAUUUGAUGACAUCAUCCGGCUGGUCUAGUGUUUGCGUUCUUUAAAAGCUAUAAAAUGAAGAAAACUCUGGGGAAAAAAAGCAUAAUAGUGCGUAGUUUUCUACAACCUAUUUUACGGUUAAAGUAAAAUUUCCCUACUAAACAUUAUUUUAUAGACAUAUUAAAUAAUUGAUUAAUAUGCCUUUGUAAAAGUUAUUAUUUGCGGCAGCCAAUUGAAAAUUUUAACUUCUUUAUAAUAGGCGAUCUCCAUCUCGUUAGUCAAAUUACCCUCCUGGCCCUGGUUGUUCAAAAGAUGGAUAGCGCUAUCAACUGGAUAAAUCGCUAUCCAGUGGAUAGGUGUUAGGAAAACCAAUUGCACUAUCAGCAGUGAAUACAGAUUUAUCCGAUCAUGGCCGAUGGAUUACCGUUACCCACUUUUUGAACGAGCGGGGCAUGGUAAAUAGCUGAUGCCGGCCGUGGGCUGAUGACAUUUACGUUUUAGUCCAUUAGCCGGUCGCGGGCCGUUAAUUAAUUGUUCCAUUUGACAGUAUCGAUAACAAAAUUAAAACUUGAUGUGCUUGUCAGUAAGCAGAAGAGAAAUUCGGCGCGUGAUCGGUAAAACCCAGUGCACGCUGAGCUAUUGCGAAUAUCAAAAAUUAUUCGUAGAAUCUACUCUCAGGAAACUGCAUGGUACGAAAUUUCAUAUUUUGCAGUUUUGACUUUUUUAUGUUUCUUGGCAAAACUCCAAGUGCUUGUUUCUUACUUUCUGAGGUUCUUUUUAAGUUUGCUCAUGGUAAUAUCACUGGCUUUAAUAUACGGGUCUUUUAUUUUCCCUAGUUUUAACGAUCAAAGAUUUUCUUUAACUUUUAAUACACUUACUAAGAUUAGUAUUUGGCGGGAUGUGGGUGGAGAGAAAUACCAAAUUAAAGUGAAAGUUUCAAGCAAUUCUGGUUUCAGUAAGAAAUAUUUGUCGUCUGAGUAUCUUCCGGAGUCAAUAUCUCGUCACCAUCUGUAAACCAUUAAUUGACGAACCUUUAUUUAUAGAAGUUACAGCUCUACUUUUCAACAAAAGUAAGAGUCCUUUUUUAAAACUCUUAUUUUCCGUCUGAUCAUAUGAAUUAUGCUGAUUUUUUUUAAGAUUAGCGUUGUCAUGGGAAUGCAACAAGAACCGGUGCAAUGGGCUGAUUCUGAGCGUAAUUAUCUGAUUAAAGAUUUAAAGAGAGAAAUUGCUUGAAGCUUAGGCUUGUGUUUAAAAUUUUUUCACCUAUGUUCUAUACACUAUCUAUAGCCCCCUCAUUGUUAGCUUCCCGCGCGAAAAAUAGGAUGUUCUGAGUUCGAUUCCUUUUUUCGUUUUUUUCGAUUUUUGUCAUAAUUGCGUUUUGUUUUAAUUUGUUGUUUAUAUAAUUAUUGUAUAUUCUUAUUAUACUUGUAUAUUUUUUUUUCCUUACUGACCUUUUUCCUUUUCCUUCUACUUCUCGCCGUUAGAACCAAAAAAAUGGGCAUUAUGAUAAAUUGAUGGAGAAUUGUUGGUUCGAUUCAAGAACUGCCAGCUGAGACUUUUGAAGAAAUAAAGAGCAGUGAAGGUCACGCUGUUAGCGGAAAAUACUGAUUUUCCACUAUAAAAUCUGGUACAUCUGUUCUGGCUUAUUGCAAUAUGAAGACCAACGGUGAGUUUAGUCAGUUUCAUAAUCGUCGACUGAUUCUUGAGCCCUCUAACAAAUGCAACUUUCCUUUUUGUCUGUUAUUUGUCAUGACAACUGAAAAGAUAAAAUGAAAAAAUCUUCGGGUUUUUUAUUACGCCGCAUCGCUGACUAAGGUUAACCAGGAGAUGUAAACUACUCGGACACACAAAAUAAGACUUGGAAAAAGGAAAUUUUAAGAGCAAAAACUCAGGUUAGAUUAGUCUGCUACACAGCCGUGUUUUAAUGUCGUCGCAUAACGAUCGACAAUAAGAACUUUAAGAUCCAACGACGCGGACGGCAACAAGAACGUAAAAAAACGAUAGGUUUAAUGAGUAAAACAACAAGUCUUCAGGUGGCAUAACUCUUUUUUGUACGUUUCUUUGCCCGUUUUUGCACGACCACGACGUGAAAAUGCCUAGUUUCGCGUUUUAUGGAGUACGUAAAGAAGCAACUACGAAAGUUUGUUUCUCUCUCUGCACUUGGAUAUGGUCCCUAGGAAUUCAACUCCAGGAGGGUUCCCCUACAUUUGGCAAAGUAAGUGGGUAGGAAUAAUUGCGAUAAAGACUAAAAGAACGCAAAUUCACAUUUUAAGCGACGUUCUCGUUGCCGUCGGAGCCUUGGAUCUUUAAGUCCCUACUAAAAACGGCUUCUAGCAGACGUAUGUUAGAUAGGACUGAGUACUCUUGGGGUCUUAUGUAGGGGUAAAUGUCGCUCAAUAAUGUUUGUUUGUGUAGACAUUGACGAAUGUAGUGCUUCUUCUCCUGUAUGUGACAUCAACGCUAACUGCUCAAAUACUCGUGGAUCUUUUUACUGCACCUGUAAGGAAGGGUAUACGGGCGAUGGAAUAACUUGCUAAGGUAGGAGAAAAAACUUUUUGAUAUAUAAACAAGUUAAUUUGAAGGGAAGUUAGUUUACUCCGGCGAAUCAAAUCAAACAAAAUCGAACCAAAAUUCAGUCUCCCCGAUUAGUAAGGCACUGUGCCUGAGAAAUAAGACAUGAGACUUCAUUAUCAUUAUUGUUAUUAUUAUAAAAUUCAAUCGAACCCAAUCGAACACCAAUUGUUCUAUUCGGUUCGGUAAUCGAAUAUAAUCGAACAUCUAUUUUGCUGAGUUCGAUUAUUGAACCAAUCGAACAAAAUAUAAUGCAAUCGAACUCAGUCCGAUUCGAUUUUGUUCAGAAUGCAUUUCUUGUUAAGUAGAUCACGCUGGAGUAAUUAUGCACAUGAGCAACCAAAACGCUGUCGCCAUAAUUCUUUCUUAGCCCUCAAGGGUGGCCAAGAGUGACGUGACAGGAUCGAAGAGGAUUAGGGGGACUGGUCACCGUACAAAAUUUCCGCAAACUAUACACUUGUUAAUAGGGUAACAUUUAGGCUUUUUUUUAAUUGUUAUUACUUUGCUUUUCAUCCGUUAUAAUAUUUAAUCAUAAACAACAAGCAAACAGGAGUUCAGCAAUGGCAAGUUUAAUUGAGUACGACUCGUUGAUCGUUCGGUAAUCAAACGUUCGAUUAUGUUCGAUUACUGAACCGUUCGAUUAGAUACGCCGGGUUUACUGCAGUACCAUCAGAGACAGGGCAGCUCGAUCCAGAGACGUGUGACAUAAUUUAGUAUUUAUUGAUCAGAUAGAUUACCACUAAAAGUGGCAGGGCAGCCCGGAUAGAAAACCAGGGGGCUUAUUACAUUCAGGCUACCCAGUUACAAACAAAAUUCAGAGUUAUUUAAGUAUAUCUAAAUGACAGGAGUAAGCUAAGUAUAAGUAAUAAGGUUAAGAAGUAUAAUUAUCAAUCAACAAUCGUACAACUGUACCUGCAAGGCAGGAUACAGUGGUGAUGGAAAAACUUGCCAAGGUUGGAGAAAAUACUUUAUUUAACAGGGUUUGAACUAGGUAUAGUUAUUUUACUGCUCUACCAUUAAAGAUGGUAGUUUUCUAGGAAAGUGUGACAUCAUUUAAGAUGGCGACUAAUAAUGAGAUUCGCAUUAUAGUUUCUCAGUAUUACACAAUAUCGGGAUGCUUGUGGACCACGUUUCUUUUAGGGGCCGCGCGUAAAUGUAACCUUUAAAGUUAGUUAUUUAACAAAAGUGAUGUUUUACUAGAUUACUUAGCACCAUCGUCCGUCGAAAGGCCCACCUACUAGCACGAAAGAGAAACCUAAGAAAAAAGAAAAGGGAAAUUUAAAAAAAAGUGCAUCGUGCUAUACAUGUAGCUACUGAAGACUGCACGUUUUUGUUGAUGACAGCACUAACAAUGAGCAGCCAGAUAAAAACUCAGCAACAUUUUGUUUCCCUUUUGAGGAAUUUUAAUCCCCUAGUGCUUUCCGCAUGGAUUGGACAUCCAUUAGGAAAGUUUUUUUUACCAAAGUUUGUUUUUCUUAGACAUUGAUGAGUGCAGUGCUUCUCCUUCUGUAUGUGACGUUAAUGCCAUUUGCUCCAAUACUCGUGGAUCGUACCACUGUAUCUGCCAGGCUGGAUACAGUGGCGAUGGAAAAACUUGCCAAGGUAGGAGAAAAUACUUUAUUUAUAAUCUAAAGGUCAGUUAAAUAAAGAAUGGCGGUUUUCUGGAGCUCGUUGUCGUAAUUUUUAUACUUAACCUUGAAUACAAACUACCGCCCCCUCAGCGAAUUUUAAAAAGCGAAAAGCCGAACAAAAUGAGUGAAGGAAGGAUUACACCAUGGUAGGACACGAUGGACGGACCGAAUGUGCAUUGAUUUAACCAAAGUAGAAAUGAAGCUAAACUCUUAUAAGAUUUUGACGACUGCCGAGUUAAGGAAAAAUAGGCUGAAAAUUGGUAUCAUGGAGUUAUAGUUGAAAUGCUAGAUUGAAAAAGGAUAUGAAGAUCUUGGAAAAUCAGCACAAAAUCUUACAAGAGAUUUGGUUUUCAUGGAGUCAGAGUCGUAAUCAGAAGCGUUAAGAACUUAUGAUCUAGUGAAAACAGCGUUCCCAUCCCGCUUACAACUCUGUCGCUUACAGAUUGAUUGUCGCAGUCGGAAGCAGAAGAGGAAGAACUAGUCUCCCUCGCAGCCGUUUUUUGGAUGUCACGCAGCGUUGCGUGACAUCCAAAAAACGGCUGCGAGGGAGACUAAGGAAGAACUAAACCAAUCACAAAGCGUGUAAACGUGCAUUGUGAUUGGUUUAUCCAUCCGCUUCUGCUUCCGACUCCGUUAAUCUGGUUUUCACUAGUUCAUAAGCGGAACGUACGCGAGGGAGUCGUAAAUGGAGUUUGAAGAAAAGGACAUAUUCCGAUUCGUAAGAAAGCAUUUUUAUCAUAAAUUCAGUUAAAUGUCUCGUGAAGAAGAUUUCAGAACUUGGUCAUAAAGUAUCAGUGCCGCGCGCAACGCCAGUCGUAAGUGUUGCGUCGAAAUACGAGGCCAAAAACAGGUAAGCGGUCAAUCUGUUAAAAAUAAUGCAAUCUCCGUCGCCGUUUGAGACCAGCCAAAGAUGCUUUUGCCGAUGCUCUCUGGUCGGUAUUUACUGACAUCUGCUCUUAAAGACCUUCUAACUAUCCACGUGAACAUGUUUCUCUUCAACGGGACGAUAUACAAAUAGUGUAUUCCUUCUUGUUACUUUCGAUUCACACGUAGGGAGAGAGUUGCAACGGGUUAAAGUUUCUCCCUUGGGGAUCUUGGGAUGGGAUUGUUUCUGCAGCUCCCGCGCAAGCUAACUGAUCUACUUUCAAAUGCUGUAUUUAGAUAAUUAUUCGGCGUAGAUAUAGGCUUAAUAACUUCACGCAAUAAUUUUGUGUUCGUUCCAAAUCACUUCGCCAGAUGACCUGAAAUGACCCGUCCCCUCUCCGCAGAAAUCGGCCCCAUUGAAGAGGAAUGGGACACGCAAAGCCUUCUGGGAGUUCCGUCCGCCAUUUUGUCUUUUUGCUGCACAGACGAGUUGGCCUCCAUUUUAUGAUUGGGCGUUGCCCUCACGGGCCGCUCAAGGAAAAUGAAAAAAAAUUCUUUCUACAGCCACUUCAACAGAAAUCCCUGACCACAAAACGAACAAAAAAAAAAAAAAAAAAACCCGAGCAAACAACUCAGUAAAGGAGCUAUCAUGAGACAGGGGAAGUUAAGAGAAAUUACAAAAUGUUUGCUAUAACCCGGUUUUUAUAACUCCAGGUAGAAUUAAAUAGAUAGAAUGAUUAGAUCUGUGUAAUUUUAAUUCAGUUUUCGAUUUGCUACAUAUUUAUUAAUGGUCAUUAAUAAAUAAAGUCAAGCUUCAAACUUCAUGUAAGCGGCCGAAAAAACUGAUGGAUUGGAUUGGACAAGUACGAAAGGCGAGGAGGGUCUUCCGACUUUCGACUUCCAUCUUCCGACUUCCGAUUUCCGAGUUCCGAUUUUUUUUUUUUUAAUUACGACUUCCAUUCCAACGACUGAUCAGCAACAUCUGAACGACUUAAAUGCUUCAAUUUUAUUUCAUGCGGAUCUUUGCUGGCUAUAAACUCAAGAGAGCUUUAAUUUGACUUGAAACUGGGCCACGCUCCAUUUGUUCAGCAUAUUAAUGGAUAGCCGUUGUAUUUUCAUCUGGUUUUCUACUAUCUUGAUCACGUUUUGAGCUUUCAAAAGGAUUACUACUGUAGUGGCAUAUGACAAGGUUUACACCUUAUCGGAUUACGUUUUUGGGCCAGAAAUUAAUUUACUAAUUAAAUUCCCACAGAAGGAAAUUCUCUGGUCACCUUUUGAAAACAAAGGGUCCGUAGCUACUAAGAAAUCAUGCUGAUCGCAAAAAAAAGUCACUUGCGGAUCCUCAUGUUCAUUAAGGAAGGCUUUAAGUCAAAAAUGGCAGUAUCACUGUAAGAUGAAAAUCUAUAAGAACCUCUUAAUUAGGUCAAGUUUGUUUAGAAAACUCAUCUAAAAAGUGUGGUACCCAGGUGGGUUGAUCAGUUUAUGCAGAUGGUUGAGGGAGACAUUCUGGAGCAAUAAAAGCUCGGUGUUUUGCCUAUGUUUUUCCCAAUUUGUUUAGAGUAAGAACUUUUCAAAAUUUGUCAAAAUAAAUCCUAGGGCUGAUUUUUUGAAGGUAAGAAAAGACUUCAAAGUAUUCAAAAAAGUGUUUUCCGAUUAACUAAAGCAGUCUUUUUUGCUCGAUGGAAUGUUUACAGUUAAGAUUACAGUUUAAUCGAGUAGAAGUCAAGGUGGUUUUGUAAACUCAACAUUUCCUUUACAGGCGAAUUUUUCCCAGAAAUCAAAUUCAACUUGUGACAAAAAAAUCAAAGUAAAUCUUUACUAAAACUCGAGAUUUCAAUUUAAUAGCACAGAGGAACGGUGCCUUACCUCGAGCAACCGGCCACCAUUGUCUGCACUUGCGAAGAACAGCACAAGCUGUAAAAACAACCUUUUCCCUAACUUGGCCAGUCGACAGUUAAAAACAAAGCUGCUCUUUUCUUUUCAGGCGUGGAAGUACAAUUUAAACUUCUGGCGAUUCCAUAUAAAGCAUUAGGCUAUUGUUUGCCAAAGGAUUACGUGUAAACUGCGAUUUGAUUUGCAAUUUUUGAAAAUUCUGUAAAGAUCAAACUUUUGCGCAUGUUAAUCAAAUUAAACAUAAAUCUUUUCCUUACUGAUUUAGGAGUAUUUACCCCGCUGAGAAUGUUCAGCUUCUAUUCAUCUCGUGUUUAAUAAAGAAUAAUUGUUAAUUGUCCAAUGUGAAGUGCGAAACAAAAUAUCAGUAGAGCGGGAAAAGGUGUGUUCCCAAGAUUCCUGGUCAUGUCCUUGAGAAAAAUACUAGAAACCUUUAUAGGUUUUUUUCUUCCUCUUUCAAGAGAAAACACGUUCACACGUUCGUCCACACGGCCGGUUCUACGGUCGCCUUUGUAGGACCCGCGAGUUUUGUGUUCAAGGCUACUUGUCCUCUCUCUUUCCAGCUGUUCCAACAAAAACGAUGGUCACGUGGUCGCCUUAACUGUAUUUCUAUGCUUGCUUGUAAAGGACCAGUCUGUGUAGCAGUUUUAACCAAUUUCUAUGGUAGAUUCUUCGUUGAAGUAGGACAAUUUAUCAACUCAAAGUCUUUCCACUUAGGCCGCCAUUUUUGUCAUUUGCUUACUCCGCCUCGCUUUGGGGAGUUCAAUCCUGAAAGCGAGUCUUCCGGAAGUCAACCAGUUUACCGGAAACUGUUUCCGCGUGGUCCGCAUAGUUCUAAAAAUAACUUUUUUAAAAUAAAGAUAUCCCAGCCAACGCCCUCAGACUCCCUCUCUGUCCUAUUAUGGUUCUUGACCACGUAUAACACACUGAGUUGCAAAGAUAUCCUGUUGUUCCCUGAUUGUAUACCUUAUUUUUUCCAUUUGCGAGCUGAUACCGAUCGUCGAUCUUUUCUCAUAGACCCAUUGCCAGUCAAGAUUCAGUUUCUUUAAAAUGAUAAUUUUUUUUUUAUCAAGUUCCAGAUCCGGUCGCCUUCUUCCCCCUUAAUGCUGCGUACGGUACCAAGGAGAUUGACAACCGAACGGAAAAAGGGAUUCCUCGAGGUGUUAUCCUGGCUCCUGGGCCCAAUGGAAGACCUAACUACUCUUAUAAGUUUUCUGGAAGCUCCAACAGCUACAUCAAGUUUCCCAACAGUAUUGGAGGACCUUUGGAUGUGCGAUAUUCGAUGACUAUGCUGUGCUGGGUGUACUAUGAUGGCAAACACGGACCGCUUUUCAGCUACGGUUCAACCUGGGCUGUUGAAUUCGGGAUGUCCCAUUCCGGUAAACUUGCGGUCCAUUUCAGAAAACGAGAUUAUUCGAAUACCAACCGUUUGGUGCAUACCAAUCUCGCUGGUGGAUGGAAGUUUGUUGGCGCAUCUUACGACCGUUCUUCUGGCGAAGCCAAACUGUGGGUCAAUGGAGCUGUGGUUCAGACGUUAAACAUUGGAGCGGGCCUUGAACUGGCCACACAGGAUAGCAUCAGAAUAGGUGUGAAGGCUGGCAGUUACUUCAAAGGCAGAAUUGCUCAGAUGCGGAUCUACAACCGAGCUUUGACUCAGGAGCAAAUUCAAGCAAUACAGAAACUUGUUGUCGCAGGUAACAAAAAAAUAAAUAAAUAAAUAAAUAAGUAAAAUUAAAUGUUCUUUGCAAUGUGAAAAAUAAAAGUGCAUAACUUACCCGUGAUUGUCUUAUCAAUGGGUAUUGAAUGUUGACACUAUAGAAGAUCUUGCUUUAUUUUCAAUGACAUUUCGACUUAAAGAACUUUUCAAAAAUAGUUUUUUUUUUCAAAUGGUACUUAAAAACAGGUCUUUUUUUUUCACACGGACAAAUUGAAGGAUAUUUUGCGAGCACACUGCAUGAUCAGUCACUGAAUGAAAUUUUCCUGAUUGCAAAUUUCUAAGACAGCAAAGUCUAUAGCUAACCUGGUUUGCUUUUAUAUUUCCUUUUCAGCAUGACACCUGGAGUGAGGCGUCAAGUUUAGACAAAAUUAAGCCAUCAUGAAGAAUGAAGCAUUCUCUGCAGCUUUGAAAAUUUCCUGGGGUUUCUUUUUGUAAAGGGAAAAUAAAGAGUUAGUAACUGUACAUGUAGGUCGUGUGAAAUUGUUAUCCCUCAUCGACGUCGAAAGUCUCGCACCAUGCAAGAACUGUUAAAAAGUAUUCAAACGGUAGGGGCUUGGGGGCAGGAAUAGAUAGGUCGCCCUUGAGGGGAUAAUCAGUUCUAAUGAACGGCCGUUCUGCUCCGGUAAAGUUAACGUUGAAGCUAGGAAAGCGACUUCAAAUUUGAAUCCCAUCAGCUAUGCUGAUUAUUUAUGCUGAAUAAUAACCAAGUUUAAGCAAGUGUACUUCAUGUCACGCUGAAGUUUAUAAAACCGCUUUAAGCUACGGUCAAAAUUCGGUUAAAAGGUGGCUCGCACCUGUAAACCUAACCUAAUAUUCCUCAUUUAGAUGGGCCCCUUAUCCACUCCCAAUAAAGUCAUAUCCGCUAUGAAGCAAAUUAACCAGCCUUACUAUCCAAAAAUUGUCUGAACAGUGCCAAUCUCUCCAAUCUAUGUACACAAAUGAAAACAAUAACAACAACAAUCAAUCCACUGUACAAACCAAGACUGUCUUGGGUCUCCUUCCAUUCAACCCAGUUCCGGAAAUUUCCGUUGGUACAUCCAAUUGGAUCAGGCCAUUUCGGUACCGCUAUUUUGUAUUCUGCUUACAAGAACAAAAACCAAACGCGAGGUGGUUUGGUUCGGGGCUGUGCAACCGAAAUGCACCUUUCCAUUGGGCACGUGGAAUGUCAGAACAUUUAAACCGGAACUUUUGGUUGAAUUGUACGGCGCUGGUAUUACCUUACAUGGCGCGACAAAGGGCUCGAACGCCUCCACCUUAUAGCCUGUGUAUAGACGCCAAUUUUUUUUCGAUGAGGAGGGGAGAGGGGCCGUCUUUACACAGGCUACCGCCUUAACGAUCGUCAAGAAAGGAAUUAAGGGGCUUUGAAAAAAGAGGUAUUACCAGACAUCACAGAGGCUGUGUAUGCUGUGUCACCAACUCGGCAGACUUGUCAAAAUUGAGAGCAACACCCAUACUAAACCUUUACUUAACGUUAGCGGGGAUCUUUUUCUCCUCAUCGAUGCGCAUGAAUCCGCCAACACUUUGAUUGACAACAAAAGGCGAAAUAAGAGUAGUUGUAGGACUUAUCUUGCGUUGUGUAAGCGCCUUGGCUCAAGCACGAAAGGGAGUUCUUAAUCUUCGUCCUGUUUUCGGGCUACGAGAGAUUUUUUUGUUCCUUUUUUUUUUUUCUUUUCGCGUUAGGUUUAUUGCGAUAUGACUUGUGAUCACGGAUGGACUCCGGUCCCUCGGUCUCUAAUAGUGAUACCUUACGUUGGAUGAAAGACAGUGGACUAUGGUGGUAUGACAAGAAUGUUGCUUCUGGGGAAACAUUACCAGAAAUUCGAGUCAUUUCGUUCAUGCGAUACUUUUAUUCCUGCGGUCUAUCGAAAAUCUACAAAGCAUACUCGGUGGGAUCAUAUGGCCAAAAUAAAAUGGCGCAUUCAUCAGGGAGAUUUGAGCGGGUAGACUAUGUUGCUCUUUAUAACCUUUCUUCCGUGAAUCUGGAACCUCCUUUAAAAAAAGGAAAUAAUAAUUAAAGAAAAAAAAAUGAGCAAUUUCAAUUGACAAGGCUAGUUUAGUUUCGUCCUUCGGGUUCUUGAAAUUUUUAUGAGGGCUGGUAGUUCGAAGAUAUAUUGCUGGUUUUCAGUGUCACGCCUUUCAAAAUAGAUCAAAAUAGAAAUCAAAACCGUUCAAUAGAUAAAGUUCAGAAUCUGGGAAAUGAAAGGAGGUACAUAUACAGCGACCCUCGCCAGGAUUCAGGUCAGAGGAAUAUUUCGUAUACGAGAUAUCCGAAGAAAUGUUUUACCCAAACUUAUAGAGAUUUGUAUGGAGACGUCAUGUUGGUGCCGACCUGGAUCACCGGCUGGAUGAGCUCCAAUAGCGGACAGAAACCAACAGAAACAUCUGUUAGCGAGUUUUGCUACAAAAGCGUGAAUUUAUUGUUCGAGAAACUCAUAAACAUUACAAGUAAUACUUUUUCUAAUACAUGAACUAUUUAAAUUGCAAAAUUUCCUGAAAUAGGUUAUUUUUUUAACCUACAUGACAGCUCUCUUUGCCGUCAUGUAAAUGCCGCGUCACGCAAAAGCUUAGAAAACCAAGCGUACUCUAUGAAAAAACCAAGAACCCUUUUGAGGCGAAAAUUUGUAUGAAAAUUAGUUUUCAGCUGCUCUAAUGCGUCGUGAAAGUAAAAUCUCGGUAGGAUCGAUAGUUUUUUAGUUUGAAUUUUAGUGAAGUCAUGUGAAAACCAAUAAUUGGGUACAUUACAAUUCCCCAUACAUCGCGUUCUUACCUUAAACUGCCUGGUUACGUAUGUUCUAGCAUGGCAAACAGUGAAAAGGUCGAAAGUUUUAGCGAUUUCUGAAGCCAUUUUUGACCGAAUCGCACGAUGGCGGUCACGAGUGAAGAGGCGAAAUAUUUUACUAUCAAACCUUCCGAUUUGUCCGAGGUUUUCCAUCGAUUGACGGAAUAUUCCAAAGCGAAUCUGGGCCAUUAAUUUAUCACGAAGCUAAGCUGAGCUAAGGAGAUCAAAGGAAGAUGUCCUGACGCAAGAUUUGCGGUCGAAAAUGGAGUUUUCGGUGAGUAAUAUUUACCAAAAUUUGAGAGUGUUUUAGGAAACGAGUUUUGUCCAAGUUAUCUUCUGUAAACCACCUAAAAAGCCUUAUCAUGAGAACCGACACAGUGAUUGUUCGGUUAAGAUCAGGGGAAGUAGGCUGCUUUUCCUGACACACAAGAUAUUUGAAAUUUUGUGGUUUAUCCCAUACAAUCCUUUGUAGCCUCGGGCCGCCAUUUUUAAAGUUUAAUGUUGAGGAAAUUUGAUCGGUGACUCGAAUUUCUGGUAAUGGAAAUGAUCCAUCACACAAUACUGACAUGAUUUCUUCAGCAUUCUUGCUUGUCAGCGGAAUUGAGUUUAAGAUCAGGCGACCCUCACGCGACCCUCAGCACACUGCCCUUCUGAAAACCACAAAUCUCUGUCUAACUGGACUGAGACGUUUAGGUCCAAAAUCACAAACUAUAGUGACUUCAGAAACGGUAAAGUUUUGUCCAGAGAUCAAUGUUUGGGACGAUGUAGUGUCUAAUCUGGGGGCCAGUACCAAACAACCGAAGGCUUUAAACAAGCUACUUGUAACGGAGAAAUGCAAGACACCAAUUCGAUUGGCUUUUGGUGUCACUGCUGGGGUGCCGGAGAUGGAUCAGUGAUGAUGAUUGGUGGAGGGGGUUCAAGCUGUAGAAGGGCUGAUCAUGGGAUUGGAGUAACCGAAGCUAACGCUCCUUCACUAGCAAACUUAGAGGAAAAAGAUUUUGGCGGUGAGACUUUUGACAAAUUAGUUAAGUUGUAUUGUUGCAACUUGUGGGUAAAGUAAUUCUCAAAAAAUCCUGGUUCUUUUCAAGGAUGUCAUUCCAAAGUUUUGACUCGGAUUGAGUACCGUGGAGUGUCACUGUACAUAUAAUUCCACGCCAAAAGCCUGGUUAAACAGGCCAGGGUUUACCAGGGUGCAAGCCUGGUUGAACCAACCAGACUUUUUUGGUUUUCAAAGCAGGCAUACCAGACUAUACCAUAUGUGCAAAACGCCGGGUUAACCAGGGUAUUCCUGGUAAGUCUGGUAAGCCUGGUUUUCCUAAGAACCAGGAAAACCAGACUUUAACCAGGCUCUUAAAGUUUUAAAUGAACCAGGUUUACCAGACUUUACCAUACCGUAUUUAUUCGAUUAACCGCCCUGGGCGCUUAUUAAAUUUUUGGACCUUGAGAGUGGGCGCUAAUUCGAGGUGGGCGCUUAUUCGAGGCUGGGCGCUUAUUAAAUUUUCACCAUUUUCAAGAAGUGUAACAUGUAUAUUUUGCAACAAAACAGUAAAUGGUAAUAACAAAACGCGAAGAUUUAACAAAGCAAGGUUUCUGCAAAACACUCUGAAGAUAACUCCGUCUUCGGGCAAGUGGGUUAUUAGUACUUACUCCUUUUUGCGGGGUGGUAGGUGUAAGGGAGUGGGCGCCUAUUUCAGUUAGAGUGGCAGUGGGAGGGGGUGGGGUAGGGGUGGGCGCUAAUUCGAGGCUGGGCGCUUAUUCGAAUAAAUACGGUAUGUACAAAACGCCUGGUUAACCAGGGUAUUCCUGGUAAGUCUGGUAAGCCUGGUUAUUCUAAGAAACAGGAAAACCAGACUUAACCAAGCUCGUGAAAUUCUGUCUUGCAAGUAGGAUAACAGGCAAGGAAUUCGCGAGUUAAAUGACGCUAUAUUUUAGCGUGAAUUCGUCAAUCUAAACUAAUCUCCUAUUUUUAAGUUACAGAUGAAAGAUAUAUUUAUUGAUUCAGUUAUGAUAUUUUAGUGAUCCGUUUUUUUUUGUUGGCCUGUUUUUGGAAUUAAGGAUGUUUCAGGGCGGGUCACGGGGUGUUCCGGGGGUGUUCCUGAUUUUACAGACAACCUAUAAUUUUGUGACUUACCCGCAUAAACUUUGAAACGCAAGAAGUGUUCGCAUGGAAGAAGUUUGUGAUGUUUCAAUUUUAUUCGAACAUCAUUUGUACCGUUGAAUUUAUCCAGCCGAUAAUUUACGCUGAGGCAGCAGAAGGUAAUCAUGCAAGGACAAACGUAAAAAGUUGCCUGAGAAUCUCUGCUUUUUCUGCAUGUAAAGUGUAUAUUUCCAUCCUUCACCAUUUACAAAGUUUAGGAUAAGGUGGGUGAAGCGUUCGUUUAACAAAACGAUCUACAGUUUCGAACGUUUUGAUCGUUUGUAUCGUUUCGUAGUACAAUUUAUACUAUAGUCGCGGCAAUACAAACCGUAGAAGGCGUAAAAUUGUCUGGCACAAUGGAUAUCACAAUUCCAAAGAAAUCAUCCCAAUUAUUUAUUACUUUAUUGUUCAGUAGUAAUUUGAAAAAAAACUUUAGUGAAAUACUCCUUACCUUAAUUAUGUUUUUCUUUUUCAAGAGCGCCUAAAGUUGACAAAGUUGCACUGGUACUUCAAUUACACAGGACUUAAAUCCAAUAUCGUUGCCCACAGAGGGUUUCGCUUAGGGUUGUGUGAAAAGAAAUACCUAAAUAAGAAAAUUAUCUAAUGCCUUAACUGCGCGUGUGAUCUUCUUAAG